GUGAAUGGCAAAAGAAAAACAAGAAGGUAAACAAACCAACGACGAAUACAGCUGUACGAAUGUCAGAACAAAAGAAACUAUCAAAAUUGCCGACAGAGGAACACGUCAGUUGAAUUGUUGGCAGGCAGUGGAUGCACGAUUUUUUCAUACCUGGGAUUCUAGAAACUUAAAAACAAUUCAAAAGGUAUCGAGAAAGUUUGAACUCCGCCUUCUAAAAGAAAACAUGAUGCAGAAAAAGACCACGUCAUGUUGGUCUAUGGCAGUAAUUGCCUGUCUCCUCUUUGUUGCCGCCACUCACCUACGUGGCGCUGAAGCAGCUGCUGUGAUGUCUGUCGAUCUGGGUUCGGAGUGGAUGAAGGUGGGCAUCGUCUCACCUGGUGUACCCAUGGAAAUUGCCUUGAAUCGUGAAUCGAAACGUAAGACACCGGUUACACUGUCCUUCCGCAAUGGUGUUCGAUCAUUUGGUGAAGAUGCCGUCACCGAUGGCAUUAAAGAUCCCGCAUCGGCCUAUAGUUAUCUAUUGGAUUUGUUGGGAAAGCAAAUCGAUAACCCCAUUGUUGAUUUGUAUAGAAAACGUUUUCCCUACUACAACAUCAUUGCCGAUCCUGAACGCAACACUGUCAUCUUUAAGAAAAGUGAUACCGAAGAGUUCUCGGUUGAAGAAUUGAUUGCACAAAUUCUAGUUAAGGCCAAGGAAUUUGCCCAGGAAGCCACAAAUCAACCCAUCACCGAAUGUGUUAUUACCGUACCCGGUUACUUUGGUCAAGCCGAACGUGAGGCGCUAUUGACAUCUGCUCAAUUGGCCAAUUUGAAAGUUUUACAAUUGAUCAACGAUUAUACUGCCGUUGCCCUGAAUUAUGGCGUUUUCCAUCCAUCGGGUAUUAAUGAAACCGCUCAAUAUUAUGUAUUCUAUGAUAUGGGUGCCAGUCACACUUCCAGUGCUGUCGUCAGCUAUCAAUUGGUUAAGGAUAAACAUACCAAGGAAACACAUCCUGUUGUGCAAGUUUUGGGUGUUGGUUACGAUCGUACCUUGGGUGGUUUGGAAAUUCAAUUGAGAUUGCGUGAUUAUUUGGCCGCUGAAUUCAAUGCCAUGAAGAAGACUACCACCGAUGUAACUAAAUCACCCAAAGCCUUGGCUAAAUUGUUUAAGGAGGCUGGUCGUUUGAAGAAUGUUUUGUCCGCCAACAACGAUCAUUAUGCCCAAAUUGAAAAUUUAAUUGAGGAUCAAAACUUUAAGUUGCAAGUUACCCGCGAAAAGUUGGAAGAAAUCUGCUCUGAUCUGUGGCCCAGAGUAAUUAAGCCCCUGGAACAGGCCUUGUCUACCUCUGGCUUGACUUUGGAUGUUAUUUCUCAAGUGAUUUUGUUUGGAGGUGGUACUCGUGUACCCAAAGUUCAAGAGACCUUGAAACAAUAUAUCAAACAAGAAUUGGGCAAGAGCUUGAAUGCCGAUGAAGCUGCUGCUAUUGGUGCUGUCUACAAGGCCGCUGAUUUGGCCACUGGUUUUAAGGUAAAGAAAUUCAUUGUCAAGGAUGCUGUCCUUUAUCCAAUUCAAGUUACCUUUGAACGUGACCCCGGAGAGGGUGCUGAAGUCAGACAAGUUAAACGUGUUUUGUUUGGCCUAAUGAACUCUUAUCCCCAAAAGAAGGUGAUUACCUUCAACAAACACACCGAAGACUUUGAUUUCUUUGUCCAUUAUGGUGAUUUGAAUCAUUUGACUGCCGAAGAGCAAUCCUUUGUGGGUAGCUUGAAGAUUUCUCGCGUUGAAUUGCAAAAAAUCAAGGAAUUGUUGGAGAAAACUAAAGAUGAAUCUGUCGAUGCCAAGGGUAUUAAGGCCUUCUUCACUUUGGACGAUUCGGGUUUGUUCCGUUGUACUGGCGUCGAAUAUGUCUAUGAAAAACAAAAAAUUGAAACCGAAGAAGAUGAUGAAGGCACAUUGGCCAAAUUAGGCAGUACCAUUAGUAAAUUAUUCUCCAAGGAUAAGGAUGAUGAAAAGAAGGAAGAAAACGCUCAAGAAGGCAGUGGAAAUGCCACUGAAGGUGAAGAAACUGGUGGUAAAGAUGACAAGACCAAGGAACAAGAGAAGAAUGAAACCAAACCAAGUGAGACUGACGCCCCCAAAAAGAAUGAAACCGUUAAAAUUGUUACUGUCAAGGAGCCAGUGGCGCACAGUCUAACUGUGCAGUUCACUCAACCCUUGAGUGGUAAAUCCUAUGAAAAGGCUGCUGAAAAACUUGAUGCCAUCAACAAGGCCGAAAACCUAAGAAAUCAAUUGGAAUCCUCCUUCAAUGCCUUGGAGUCCCACAUCAUUGAUAUUCAACAAAAAUUGGAGGAAGACGAAUAUUCCUCAUGUGCCACCAAAGAGGAAAAGGAAAAGAUCUUGGCUGAAUGCUCCGCUGCUUCUGACUGGUUGUAUGAAGACAUUGAAAACCCAACACCCGAAAUGUAUGAAAAUAAACUCAAGUCAUUGAAAAAGUUGACCGAUGUAUUUAUGGCUCGCCAUUGGGAACAUGAGGAACGCCCCGAAGCCCUAAAGGCCUUGAAGAAAAUGAUUGAGGGUGCCGAAGGUUUCCUUAACAGUGCCAAGAAUUUGACCAAGGACACAAAUCCCGAAAAGGAUGUUUUCACACAAGUUGAAAUCGAUUCACUCUCCAAGGUGAUUACAGACACAAUCGAAUGGCAAAAAACCGAAGUACAAGCCCAAGAUAAGCUGAAGCGUUAUGAAAAUGUUCGUCUCACCGUUAAGGAAAUUACCAAUAAAAUGUCCACACUAGAUCGUGAAGUUAAAUAUUUGGUGACCAAAAUCAAUCUUUGGAAGCCCAAGGUCAAGCCAGCCAAGAAGGACAAAAAGAAGGCUAAGAAGGAUGGUGAGGAAAAGAAAUCGGAAGAUGGAGAACAAGAACAAGAAGAGGGCAGUAGCAGUGGUGAUGGUAACAACGAAACAGAAAAAGUCACCGAACAAACAGAGGACACAAACAAGGAAGAACAAGUUGAACUCCCCGUAACUGAAAAGAAAACUGAAGAGGCCGAAAAGGAAGAAGUUCCCCAAGCAACACCCACAGAAGAUCACACCCCACGAUCAGAUCUUUAAAUAGAAAAAAUAAUUAACAAAAAUAAUAAUUAAUUGAAAGACUGUGGUAUUUAAAACUUACAUAUAUUAAACAAAAAUGUAUGCUUAUUUAAAGAAAUUCGAAUAGUAAUAAAUAUAAACAAUAAAACAAAAAACCAACACUUAAAAGGGCUAUGCAAGAAAUCUUUAUAGACAUUACUAUUCGAAUAGUCUGAAAAUAAGUAAAGAAGCCAAUUUCUGCAAACAAAGACAGAUAGACCAAAUGAUAGAAACUAUGGUGGAAAUCACGAAAUUGUUAAAUGAAAAAUUCUAUUGAGUUUCUGGCGCAAACUAUUGUUGACACUUUUUUAUAAACAUCAUCAUUUGGUAUUUAUCUACAACAAACAUACACUUGUUUUCUUACUAUUUUCCCUUUCAUGCAAAACAACGCCAACAAAUCAAAGGUAUUAAGAAGGCGAGAACCAACAUUUUGGGUCUUAUAAUUUAAGUUCUUAUUUGUAAUUAAACAAUUUUUUAAUACAUAAUUUAUAUAUUGAUCUUUUGUAUUUAGAAUGAAACUCACCACAAUUACAAAAAUAGAGAAAAAAAGAAAGAAUAAAAACCAACAACAAAACCAUUCCGUCAUCACAGAA